AUGAGCCAGCAAGAAGAACUCAACACGUUUACACACCAUGCUGCGAUCGCAGCAUGGACCUUUUUCGCGCUCUCGACGAUCAUAUUUACGUUGCGAAGUGUCGCGCUUCGAAUGGUAACUUAUCAGUUAGCAUUAACUGCAACUCGCCGCGUUGAUGAAAACAAUCCGUCCACCAUUCCUCAAACUGUCCCGCCCGCCACAUUUUGGGCUUUGUUUACCGAUUCGUGGUCCUUCCUCAGCGUCACGUUGCCGAAAAUUGGAGUUGCUAUUCUCCUUAUACGCAUAUUUCGACCACGGCCCUUGGUUCGCAGAGCCAUGUUGUCAAUGGCUAUAGGACUCAACAUAGUGUGCUUUGUAGGGUUUGUGAUCUGUUUCGUCCAGUGCAAUCCGGUUGCUGGACAAUGGGACCCGUUCCGACAUCCAGACACACAUUGUUGGCCUCGUAACGUGCAGAUCGAUUAUUCUAUUGUUGGUAGCUCCACUUCUGCGUUUCUAGACUUUGCUUUCGCUGUUUAUCCAGGUUUUGUUCUUUGGCACCUGCAAAUGCCAGUAUGGAAGAAGCUUAGCACUAUGGCACUGAUGGGACUCGGUGCCUUUGCGAUCGGGGUAAUCAAAGUCUCCAGUAAUGCCUCGCUCCUGGGGAACCCUAAUCUGUUGGAAGUCUACACACAUGCCCUCCAUAUAGGCCUUUGGAAUAGUAUCGAGAAUGACCUUAUCAUAUGUGCAGCAUGUUUACCUGGAGUCCCGCCUCUAUUCAUUGCAGCCAGACGCUCCGUGACCAUAAGGUCAACCUUUAACUCGCUUGGCCCGACAUCAAGUACCGCUAAAGUACCCGACGAAGAAUAUGCUCUCGAGAUCGCACGAAAUGGGCAACGCCCGGGGUCCAGUGAUCAAGGAAUCCAUGUGAACUACGACUACUCUUUCGAACAUGAGCCGGCUAGACGAGGAAAGGAAAACUCAUUAAGUGUAUCUACAGUGUCCUAA